AUGCCGGUACAAUAUUUCUCAGCCGAACAACGCUACUGGUUGGAUAACCAGAUAGACAUGUACAGGUACUGCGACGAGCACAAUGAUCUUGUCAAUUUCUGGACCUCCUUAUUUGAGAUCUUCUUCACUUGUUGGCCAGAGCAUGAGGUCUUAUUCCCUGAUGGGUCCGCACCCCAGGAUUUCACUGAAGAGCAGAGGCAAGCGGUGGUCAAGGCUGUAGCGACGAGGAAACGUGUCGAAGAGGCCUUUGUAAAUUUGGACAUUGCAGCCGAUGAGCUCGAUGUCGAGGGUGUGGGGAGUAAUGUUGAGGCAGGGGGGAUACUUCGAGCUUCAAUCUUAGCUAUUGACGAAGUGCCCGCCCCUUCAAGUUACUCGCUGUACUGUUCGAGAUGGCGAAUCACCAAACGUUUGGCCUUGACCUCAUUAGACGUACGACAGCGUACGACCAUUAGACGUACGACAGCGUAUGACCAUUUCAUGCCUGCGUCACGAUGGACCACAACGGAACAGGCAGAAUGGCUUCAAGAACGCCUGCCACAAUAUAUGACCGAGCACCUGAAAGACAAGGACUACUCUCACUUCUGGCCUGUUUUGCACGUAGAAUGGUUUAAGCAGUUCCCUGAAGAAGCGGUCACCUUUCCCGACAUUCCCGCUGAUACUCUUUCGGCAGAGCAAAAGGCAGCACUGGACACAGCUAAAGCCAAGCGGAAAUCACAACUGCGGACUUGGUUUCGCUGGCGUGCGAACGCUUCCAAGAAAAAUCGCAGCCUGAAAAAGCAAUCAACGGUCUUCGAUGAUGCAUUACAGCCAAAAAGACGUGCCAAGUCCGAGGCCGAGAUAUACUCCGAUAUCUAUUAUGACGAGCGCAUCAAGCCAUUAGUGAAGGCCGAGGAAGAGGCCGGGCACGUAACUUCAGGUGGACGCAUCGCACUGAGUCGUAAAUUCUCCAAAGAGUUGCUGGAUGAUGAAGAGGAGGACGUCAAAGCUCAGAUCCACGAAAUGUACAAACAGCAGCAGCGGAAAACUCACGAUAAGUUGGACGACGACGAGGAUGACUGCAUGCUUGAUGCAGAGGGAAUCAUACGGGGUAUAGAUGACUUACCGAUUAUAUGCCGGCGAUUUGCGCACCUCGUCAAGAAGAAGACGGGUUUCAUUAUGUCCUGCAUGUUCGCCGGCCCAGACCCGAGAAGUGACUGGGAUAUGACAUCGCUAUCGUGUCAUCCUUCUGAAACCCCACAAGGGAAGAACUUUGCACAGUUAUACCAGACGGCGGAUAGGGAGUUCCUGCAGGCUUUUCAACAUUAUGCAGAGUUGAUAUUCCCCUCCGAUAAGCGGAAGCCCGUGUUCACUGUAGGGGACGACGAUGGGGGGGUGUCACAAACAGACCCUGAUGAUGGGGAGCACGGAGAGUGCGAUGAGGCAUUCGAGAUGGUUGAUGAGGAGGAGCCCAAAGGGCAUGAUGAGACCAAAGCGGUAGAGCAGGAAGUUGGCUCUGAAGAUGGGAGUGCUGGGAUGAUGGAUAAUGGCGCGGGAAUGAUGGAUGCAUCAGGCGUGGGAAUGAUGGAUGCAUCAGGCGCGGGAAUGAUGGAUGCAACCAACCUGUCGUCUAAUACUAGUGCUCACACAUUGUCAGCCGGGGUUGGUACCGCGCCAGUGUCUGAUGGAUCGUUCCAGUCAUCAGCAUAUCCUUUGCCGUCGCACAUGGCUAACUAUAAUGGCUUCCUCGUCCCAACUGCCAAUUCACCACCAGUCUACGCACCCUCUGUGUCCAGCAAUGUGGCUCCCAAUUCUUUCAUGCCAGUCUACGCCCCCAACAUCCCCAGCAAUUCAGUUCCCCAGUCUUUCAUGUCUGGCUAUGCGCCUCACGUGGCUGCCGAUGCGUUCACGCCAGUCUAUUCACCCUCAAUGUCAACCUCCAACUUCUCAUUCACUGAGGCAUUGCACAAUAUGAAUUGGAACGAUCCGAUGUACCACGCAUCCCCGAACACCGCCGAGUGGCUACGAGCACAACGUACCAGUGUCUUGCCUGGAACUAGUAUGGGCUCGCUCCCAGUACUGCCUGGAACUAGUAUCGACUCGCUCCCAGUACUGCCCCAUCCCACUCAGCCACUCCCAAUACUGCCUUAUCCUACUACUGAGGGUACAUCCGAUAAAUCUAUCGACCCCUCCACCGAGCCCGGUGUGGAAGCUGUCACCGCAGAGUCAAUUGCCCCCAAGUCCAAGAAGCCCAAGGCUGCCCCAAAGCCCAAGGCUGCCCCAAAGGCCAAAGCCCGCGCUGGCAAAUGUACUGCCUCCCAGCCAUCUGGCGAACCCACAUCAGCUAAGUUGAGUCCAUCAAGUAACACGGCUCCAGGCAGUGCCAACUUGACGAGUGACUCCGCGAACACUGGGGGACGUACAUCCAAGCGCGUCCCAAUCAAGUCCCGGCGCAAUGAGCUGGCGGACGCAAUUGGAACUGAUGUUGGCUUGUCUGCAGGGGCGCAGCCUUCGUUGAAACGACCUGCACAGAACAAACCUGCUAGUGCGGGCGCUUCCAAGAAAAAGCGGGCAAAGGCCUAG